AUGACGAUGUCCAUCUUCGUCGUCGGACGCCUGGGUAUUCAAGGCGGCCAGAUCAGCAACAUCAUUAGCAAGGUCAUCAUCAGCUUUGCCAUCAUCGAGAUGGUCGCGUUCAGCUUCGCAUGGGGCCCUCUCGGGUGGACUAUUGCAUCGGAGAUGGCUGUGGGCCGCAACCGCAACAAGAUCUGCGCCAUCGCCGUCGCCGGCUUCUGGAUCACAGCCUGGGUCACCGUCUUCACCCUGCCCUAUCUCUACUACUCGACCAACCUCGGCCCCAAGACGGGCUUCGUCUACACGGGCCUGUGUUUCAUCACCUGGGCUAUCAAGCCCGCUCACAUGGAAAAUCUCACAUCCUGUCUCAAGAACCACGAGUAUCCAAAGUACAAACUCCUCGAUGAAGUGCGCCGAAUCUGGUUCUACACAACCACGCCAAUAUCUGCCGUCUGCUACAUAGCAGAAAUCUCCUGCACGAAGGAGCCCUGUGGAGUACCUGAGAAUGGUGGCAUCGGCAAAGCAGACUUGAAUGCCGCAACUGCCGGCAAAGAGCACAACGAAUACGUGCCCAAGUACGAGUUUAAUGAGACACCCACACUGCGCCCAAAGCCUGUCUCCAAGGUCUCUACGAGCGGUGAUUCCUCGACGCUACCAACGCCCUCGCGAGGCCACGCCAGAGCCUUCCCUGGCGGCACACUUGAGACCAAUGCGACAUCUGGGACCUCCAAGGUCUCGCCAAUCUUCAACAUCGUCCAAGAAUAUCUUGAACAAUGUUUCAGCUCCUUUGAUAAUGUCAGCCACUCCUUCAGGACCAGACCGCGCUGCAGCCCGCACACUGAGCGCGCUACUGUUCUCGAAAAAGCUACGCAACCUACAUCAAGAAAACAAUCUCCCGCCGAGGCCCGCCCAGGCAAUAGGACUGUCCGUAAUAUCGACCCAAAACUCUUGCUUCUGGGCGAUGUCGCUAAGAAUGGCACAUGGUGGCUUGGUGGACAAGAUCUCGACGUGCCAUCAAAGACAGGGGCCGACAAGGAUCGCAAGGAAAUCGCUUCGUUACCCCCGAAAAGGUCACCUCAUCUGCAUUGGGAGGAAUUGGACGAGUGGUAUUCGCUAGUUGUAAACCCCAUGGAAAGAUGGCCAUCUAUUUGCGCCGAAGUAUGCUCCCGCCCUGACUGGCAGUAUCCCAAGCAACGUGCGCUGGAGCAAGCUGAGCGGGACGCUGCUUCAGCACAGGUGGCGCUAAGGAAAAGUUUCAUGAAGACCGUGGAAAUGUUUUUGAAACGACCUGGAGGGAGGAUAACUGACGCGGAAGAAUUACGAGCAUUACUCAUUCUUCUAGAGAACCCUUUGCUCGACUGCGAGGAUGAGACUGGCGCUAUUCGUCCUGGACAAUCCAACGCAGCCUUCCAUGAGGAGCUGCGGCUGAGCCAGAAGGCUUCCAAAGCGAGAUCUCAAGGAGCGGCUUAUAUCGACGAUUGGCAGGUAAAGUCCGCAGCACGGAUACUGGCCCUAUUCUUCGAGGCCAACAACUCUGGCUCUGGGCAUUUCGCAGGGGAUGCAUCGUUGAGUAAGUCCGGCACCUCGAGAGGUCGAUUCCUACCCAUGAGCGACUUUUAUGUGUCCUUGGCGGACUCGAUCGACCUCAUCGCCGAUUUCCGCGAGUUUGAGAAAAAAGGGGCAAAGUUUGCCUUUUGCCAAUACCCCUUCUUAUUGAGUAUAUGGGCCAAGACACAGAUCCUCGAACACGAUGUGCAAAGACAAAUGCGGGACAGCGUCCGAGAUGCGUUCUUUGACAGUAUCAUGCGACGGCGUGCAAUCAACCAAUUCUUGCAGAUUACCGUCCGGCGCGAGUGCCUAGUGGACGAUAGUCUCAAGGCUAUUGGUGAAACGCUGGGUGGUGCGAGCGAGGACGCGAAGAAGGCGCUUCGGAUCACUUUCAAGGGUGAAGAGGGGAUCGAUGGCGGUGGGCUGCGAAAGGAAUGGUUUCUACUCCUGGUGAGAGAAGUUUUUAGCCCUGACCUUGGGCUGUUCAUCUACGACGAGGAUUCGCAGUACUGCUAUUUCAACCCCUUCUCGUUCGAGAGCUCAGACCAAUUCUACCUCGUCGGAGCGAUCAUGGGUUUGGCUAUCUACAACUCCACCAUUCUCGACGUGCCUCUGCCGCCAUUCACUUUCCGGAAGUUGCUUGGUUCUUCAUUAAGCAACCCCAUCAACUGGACACGCCAUGCAGCCCGCUGUACGUUGGAGGACCUCUCGCAAUACCGGCCCAGUCUCGCCCGUGGACUCCGGCAGCUGCUUGAGUACGAGGGCGAUGUCGAGGCUACCUUUUGCUGGAGCUUUGUCAUUGAUGUUCAAAGACGUGAAUUCGUCGACCUCUAUGUCCGUUACCUGCUGGACAUGUCCGUCCACCGCCAAUUUGAGCCCUUCAAAAGGGGAUUUUACAAUGUCUGCUCCGGCAAUGCCUUUGGCCUUUUUCGACCAGAUGAGGUGGAGCUGCUGGUUCGAGGAUCGGACGAGGCUCCCGAUAUAGCCCGACUCCGGGGCGUAGCAGAGUACGACAAUUGGGAAUACAGGAACCCAGAUGCACUCGUCGAUCAAGUGAAUUGGUUCUGGGACGUUUUUGGAGAGGCGUCACCCAAGGAUCAGCGGAAGCUGCUGCUGUUCAUCACGGGAAGUGAUCGACUACCAGCCGCUGGAGCCUCCAUGAUUCCUCUCAAAUUAUCGUGCCUGGGAGAUGACUCGGAGAGGUUCCCCAUCGCGCGGACAUGCUUCAACAUGUUGGCCAUUUGGCGUUACUCGACCAAGGAGAAGCUACGGACUAAAUUGUGGACAGCCGUAUACGAAAGCGAGGGUUUUGGACUAAGGUAA